CCAUUCGAGCAAACCCUGCUCGAAAAGCCCUCGAAAGCUCUCCCACGCUUGGUGGAGCUUUUCGCCGGCUCCGAUACAGCAUCCCCACGGUGCUGGAGAACGAACGAAUGGAGGCGAAAGCCGAAAGAGCCGUUCGGAUACGCAGCAUCAGCUACAGCAGGCUCGUCCUUGCCAAGUCAGUCGUGCAGCAGGAUACGCGUGUGAAGCACACACAACACACACCGAGUGCCUGUCCAGUGGGUUUUUGUUGGACGCGGUUCAGUCCGGUCCGGUUAAGGUUUGCGCGCGCGUGUGCCGAAUAUUCUUGACGCGAGUGUGUGUGUGCGUGUGUGCUUGUGUGUGCGAUACUUCUCGAUCUAAGUGUAGGCUAGUGGGCCAGUGAGUCAGUGAGGCCACCAGCAGUGAAGAUCAAAGCCAGCUUGAAAGUGAAACGGAUUGCCCAACGGCUAAUAGUGUUGGUCCGGUGUUUGCAGCUUUAAACCAAAUUAACAAGUGAUUCUUAAAAGCUAGUAAUUAAAUCCUCUCCCUUGAGAAGAGGGACGCUUUUGUGUCGUAUCGUCACCAGUCCGAAAGUUCACGUAAUUCCCCCAGGUGGAAAGUGAUGGGAAAUUUAAAUGUCUGCUGAUCGAACCAGCUGCUGCUGCUGCUGCUCUCCGGGGACCAUCUUUCAAACCUCAUUUGCCCAACCUGAGGAGGAAAUUACGACACAGAAUUGGGAGAACUAAAGAGGCAGUCUUUUUCAGGGGAGUUCGUUUGCAUUACGGCUAGCCCUAAUUUUCGCGUCGUCGUCGUCGACGCGUCGUGGCGAAUGUUUUGAAUUCAAUUACAAAAACGGCUUAUUAGAAAAUUGCGCGCGUGAGUGAUUUCUGUGUGUGCUGUGUGUGUGUGUUUUGUGUGUACGUGUUUGUUUAUAAGUGUGUGUUUGUAUGUGUGUAAAUGGUGUGUAUAUGUGUGAUCUUAAAUCUUAAAAUUGUGAAGUGAGCCUAUGCGAGGCUUUCCAGUUCCGUCUGCACGGUGUAAAGUGCGUUGUGACGGCGUGGUUUUGUGUCGUUGUGCUCGUGGCUCUAGCGCUAUCAACUAGCCUAAUAUCUUCUGAUCUGCUCAGUUUCAACCAUCCCAACGCUGCUUUACGCUGUAGUUUUCGCUAACGCUUUGCGCUUUUUCCGUCAAUUAACGUUUUGAUCGCGCUCGAUUCAGCCCGAGAGGCUUCAAAAUUCAUCGAAAUAAUUAAUUUCCUUGCUCGGUUUGGUUUGGACGGAGAAAAGGCUCUCCUUCUUAACCGUAGCUGCUUUCGCGCGUGUGUGUGUGUACGUGCAAGCGUGCGUGUGUACCAGGAGCAGUAUAUGGUUGAGUGAGUGCGUAAAUUGUGCGUACCGUGUGCGUUUGUGGGUGGUGGGAAAAUGAAAGGCUUAUCCUACGCUUAGCAUUGCUUCGUUCCUUUGCGAAGUGGUGAAAUUUUGGAAAUCACGCCACCAUUUGCUUGCGAUACGUAGAAGCAUCUCGGUACCGUGCGUCUUCGAGGGUUCAGUCAACAGCAAGCACACGCCAGAUUCUUUCCAACGAGCAGCACCUAUCCGACCAAUCGGUUCUACUAAAGCGACGAAAAAUAACACUUCUCCAAGCUGGUCACACGGGGCUACGGACGGAGGAAUAAAACAAGAACGCUUAAAGGAUAAAAAUAGGAAAAAACGCUUUUCCUCUACCCAAUCAACGGUCCAGCUCGGGGAUAAAGCUAAAGCAACAAUACAAACACACACCCGGAAACGUCAGGAAUAAUCAGCAAACAUGGCGGCCACGAUGCGAACCGGUGGUCUUCACCACGCUUCGUCCCUGGGAAAUAUCGACACAUCAUCGCAGGCGAAGGUAAAUUUUGCGGCCCGCAGUUACGACUCCGAAGAUGAAAAUAUGGGCAGAAAGAAGGGCCGGCCAUUUGAGACGGGACCCUGCUCGAGGGCUCCCGUCUACUCCAAGGGAGACAUACGCGAACAGUACUGCCUGACGGAUCGACAGCUUAACUCAAUAGAACAGCCGAGGCGUGAGCGGUUUUUCGGCUGCUGGUCCGGUCGCAAUGCACCCCAAUCGUUCCUGGGCGUUUGUGUUGGGCGUCGGGCACCCUCCGACGAAAACCUCGCCGACUAUGCACCGAUGCAGCGUUACCCUAGGUACAUCAAUUCCGGUCCGAUAGCGAAAUCCAUCCUGCAGCAGUACGAUGACGACAUGGAAAGCUCGUACUUUCGCCGAAAACCGACCUCUUUUUUAUCGAACAGCGGAAAUACGGGUCCAACCGGAGGCGGAGGAGCAGGAGGAGGAGGAGGAGGUGGCGGUCCGGGAGGUGGAGGUGCGGGAUUAAUUAUAGGAAGCAGCGCAACACUGCCCGGUGCCGGUGACAGCAAGCGGUACGGUGGUUCCUGGUUGCCGGCCGAGGACGAAGCCGUACGGUUAGAGGGUCCAAGCCUUUAUCGAUGUCCGGCCCAUAAUGAUCUGCUACCGCCACCACCACCCCCACCGAACGUAGGCCUUAUCAAUGGCAUCCCGGGCGGACCACCAAGGACGAAGCACGUCAGCUUUGCCCGAUCCUACACGCUCACCUCAUUCGACGAGGCGAUGGGUAGCCGACCCCUGUCACGGCUGGCAGCGGCCCGUAGCCAAGAAAGACUGAUAGGCGGCAAGAAGCCCACGAUCACGCUGGCCCAGCACACGGCCACACCGUACGCUGGCGCACCGCUGCACUCGAUCCUCACGCAACCCACCGCCCAGCAACCGCUGCUGCCACAAGCCCUCCAAAAGCAACCCCUGUCCGUGCCGCAGAACCCGAGCCACAGUCAACCUCAGCAGCAGCAACCAGCGCAGCAGCAACAGCCACAGCAGCAACAACCGCAACAGCCUCAACAUGUGCUGAUACAGCAGCAACCAACUUCGCAUCUUCAUCAACACUUGCACCAGCAACAUUUGCAGCAUCUACAGCACCAGCAAGCGGCCAUUCUUGCUCAUCAGGUACACCUUCAGCAUCAACAUCAACAACAGCAGCAGCAGCACCAACAGCAGCAUCAACAACAUCAGCAACACCAGCAGCAGCAGCAACAAGUAGUAGCCCAGCAACUCGCCGCUCAACAACAGCAACAGCAGCUUCAACAUCAGCAGGAGAUGAUCGUGCUGGAGAAGGUGAAGCGUAGUGCGAUGAAAACGCAGGCAACGCAGACGGAAGUGUACUUGGGGAAAAAAGGUGCUGCACCACACAACCUAUCCCUGAGUCCCAGAACUAUUCAUCGGGUAAAAAUGGUUUCCCAAGGUGCCCAAACGAAUGGCGGACUCAAUGGAGGAGGCCGUAAGCUCACCAAAAGCCUAUCAGAAGCCGGCGAUCGAAUCCAGGAGAAUGGUAUCGAUCCAAACGUAAUUCAACCUACCGAUACGGGAACCAAUGCUAAUGUUAACUUCGAUCAUGAGCUGCUGCAUCGCACGCAAUCGGAAGAACCACCGAAAUCCCCAUUCACCAUCACGUCACCGCCCGCCUCACACGUAGGGCCACAUUUCGAGAUACCAUCGUCACGAACCUCCUCGCAGCUGAGCCAUUCCGAUGGGACGCACCUGACGCACUCGCGAAACCACUCGCAGGACAGUGCCACCUCCUACCGCUCGACCGAUGGCUCGCGGACGUCCUACGAGACGGCUUCCUACCCGUACGACGCGUACGACAGUAUUGUGUUGCCACGCCGGGCCAGCCAUGCGGCAGAACCUACCUUCCAGUUUCUGCGUAAACAGGAUCUGGAGCAAGUGCAUCAUCACCAUCAACAACAGCAGCAGCAACAACAGCAACAUCAACAGCAACAACAACACCAACAAACACCCCAUCAGUCCCAGUACACGCACGGGUACGAGAAUGGAUAUGUGCCGUUCGAGACGCACAGCUUGCCACGGCGAACCUGCAUCCACCACAAGCCGGAAGAGUUCCACACGCACACACUGCCCCGGCGGGACCAUGGCCAUGCGCACCACCAUCACGAGAUUGUUUACCGGGACCAGUCCCACCCGGCGCUACCCGCUCCCGAGCAUCUGAUCCUGUCCAACGGAAGUGUUAAUCAAGAUGUUCGAUCUUUUGACAGCACACCGUCGACAGCCCCGACGACCCUGAACCGGCGGAUGUCUGCCCACGCGAUAGUGCUUCCCCCCGAGAAGCAACAUUCGAGUGGGCUUCCACUCGUCCAAGGACUUCACCAGCAACAGCAACUGCAACAGCAGCACCAGCAACAGCAGCACCAACAACAGCAACAACGACGCGCAUCCUACGCAUUUGUCGCACCGGACACACACGCCCUAGCCAAACGGAACUCCAUUCCGCAUCAACAGAUCCAGAAGGUUCAGCCCAUUAUGCAGGCUCAGUUCACGACACCGGUCAAGCAGCAACCAUUUCAACCGCUGGUCAAACCACAACCGCCCAUCCUUCCUUCGCAUUACACCACCCAAACUGCACCCCCAUCCUGUCCGGUCACUCCACCCAACAUCCAACCGUUGGACAUGCAGGACGACACCAAGUCUUCCUCCGAGGGCAGCUGUUCGACGUGCGAGUCCGAGAGCGAGCAGGAGCUGGACGGUACCGGCGAAGAGCAGGAGAUUUUCAUCGACUUCAAACCACGUGUCUCGCCCGUCCCAUCGCCCGGUGCAGUCAAGAAGAAAAAGCUACAAAAGGCUCAGUCCGAAGGUGAGUUGGCACACGCCGAGCGCCGGAAAACUAGUACGGGAGAUGCCGAUGGAGGUAGCUCGACUGUUCCGACGGCAAGCGACGAUGAAGGAAGAUCUACGAUGAGAGAGCAGAGUGUACCGCAGCUACCGAAACCCGACUAUCGCGACGCAAGUGAAAGUUCCGUCCCCGAAGACGAACCCCAACAGGUGAUAUCGGAUCGACGAAAGGAAAGCUUCCGCAAACGGUCGGUUAGCUUGGAUCAACCGACGAGCUGUGAGCAGGAGGAAGAUGAUGAACUGCCCGAAGGAUCAGCAGCCGGCAGGCAUCAUGCUGCGGAAGAUGCGAGAUCUCACGGACACGGAGCUCAGAGAAUGUCUUCUAGGUCUAGGUCGAUGGGAGCGGCGAUAGGAUCGCGACACCUUUCGGCACCACCAUCACCACAGAAGGAAGAUCAUUCGGCUUCGACCGGUAAGCUACACCGGGAGGUUUCACCGUUCCAGUCGUCGGAUUCACUCGCGAACGAUGUCACGCGGGACACGUCGGAUGGCAAUUGGAACGAGUCACAGGCAACGAUUAUGACUACCAGCUUAACCGAUAACGGCAAGCUAACUCCAUCGUCUAGAAGGAAGAACCUGCUGCUGCAGCAUCAGCAACGCAGCUCCAUGGAUACGGAUGCGCUGGAUAUGGAAGAUAUCGCUGAUCAGCCAUUACCACCGUUGCCUGUAACCGUGGCCAGCACCGCACUGCAGUCAAACCUCGUCUCGACGCCCUGCACCCUUGCCUCGCAUCAACCGAACGGGACGGCCAUUCAACCGACCGGCAUUGUAAAGCCCACGACCCCAUCGAUCGCCGUCAUCCCGUCGCCGAGCAUGGAACGGGAGGAACGUGACCUGCAGUGGCAAAAGUCGGCCACCCUGCGCCGUCCUUCGCGGCCACUAUCGCCCACCAAGCGUGCGGCACGAAGCGAACAGCAGAAACAGCAAAAGUUGCAGAAAAUCGAACCUUUAAUCCAUCGAUCCUCUGACCCUACCGAUCGUACCGGUAAACCCGACUCAAGCCCAACAUCCUCCAUGGUUUCCGGAAGUGGGGGACCAACCACACCCCAACAGCCUCUUCCUUCCUCCACCAAACUACCCCACCAUCAUCCGAUGGCAGUCUCCACUCCGGUAGCGGCCCGGUUCACCAAAGGAUCCCCCGGAAACGGUGUCGAUCUGCUCAAGGAUCAUCCGGUCCUCUGCCAGGAGUCAGCAUCCGGUGGCGUUGGUGGUGGUGGUGGUGCUGGAUCGGAGGGCAGCACUACCGAGGACUACGUGACGUGCACCGACAACUCGAAGCGCGGUGCUUCGGGAGCUAAAGCCACCACACAGGACGGAUCAUCGUUUGAGAGUGCGUCCUCCAUCUACAGCCUGGCGCGGGUCGAUGCCGUGUGCGAAGAGACGCCACCCAUCGAGGAGAAAUCCGUCUCGCCACAGAUCCCACCGCCACCCAUUCCCAAGCCCUCCCCGACGCACUCCGUCAGCAGCAGUUCGAGCGAUAGUUUCAGCGUGAGCAAGAAGAGUUCACCGUCACGACCAGCCCUGCCGAAAGCGAUAGCCGGUAAGGUGAAAGCCACCAAGCCACAAUCCCUUUCGGACGAUGACCGGAGUGAAAAGCGGUACUCUUCUUCGCACGAUGAGAAGGAGGCGGUGCCCAAGGUUCCGUACUCUGGCUCAGCAACUGGAACUAUUGCUCGGAGCGCUCGGCGAGGUCGCGACUGGAACGAGGAGGAACGGCGCAGGAAAAAGAGCACGUUCAAGCUGGAGUUUGACAAGGAUUCGAUCAAAACCUACACCACACCGAUGCUUCGUCAGCCGAGUCCAGGGUUUAAGAAGCUUUCGCCGGAAGAUAAGAGUGCGCUUAAUGUGUUGGAUGGAGCGAGUCCUAGCAGCAAGCAGAAACGAUUCCGACAGAAGACUCGUAAGUCCCCACGGGCCCGUAGUGCGGUUCCGGAAGAGACAGCGGCGAUUGGAGCUGUUUCAACAACUGGAACUCUUCCGCGGCGUAGUAAGACACCUCUGGUACGAUCGCCCGAGAAGCCUACGGCUACGACGACAACGACUACAACGGCAGUGGUCCUGGCGACGCCCCAACCAACCAUCGUUACGCCCAGCACGAAGCUUAGUCCCUCGCAGUACUACUCACAGAUCCGAAGUCCACCCUCGGGUGGAUCUCCUCGCAAGCAGAAAAUUUCGCCCGAGAAGCGUCUGCAGGCGAUCUCCACCGAGUCACUCCGGUCGGUGUCACCAGGUUCGGAUUCCGUUUUCUACAGUGAAGCGGACGCAUUGUCUCACUGUGAGCAACAGGUCCACUGUUCGCACUGUGGCAAGGAAGUCGAGGUGGCAAACCUUCCAGGCGAAUCGGAAGAGUCCGUUCUGACGCUCGACUCUACGGAUAACGAUCGACCGGACAUUGUGCAACCACCGGAGGGGUUCGCUGAUUCGCCCGACUGCACCAAAACACCACACCACACCACCCGGCUCUACAAGAAGAUGGACAAACGAUUUCGCUCCGAAGAUCGACACGUUGAUCGGCGACACUUCAAGAGCCGGCAGGAGUACCGGGCCAAGAGCGAAGAACGUAGCAAGGAAGAGAUUGAACAGAACAAUCUACGCCCAGCCGGAUCAUCGCCCUGUGUAGCACCGGCCGGCCAAGCGUACAUCGACACCACAUCCGAACCGGAACAGGGCAUCUAUCAUGGGAACUACAAGGCUGGCCUUUGGAUCUGUAUUACCGACCGGGACGUCUGGCGACGACACGAGCUACCGGACGGGAGUUUCGAUCGCGCGAAAGAUGCCACACUGGAGCGCCGAGGUUCGACCGAUUCGGAGCGAGACUUUCGUAAGAAAUAUCAAGCCAUCACACAUCGGUUAGUGCACCGGAAGUCAUGCGUCGAGAUGUACCGACGUCAAAAUAGUAACAGUUUCGACACCGAUAAGACGGUGGUCGUAUGCAGAAAGUCUGGAGAGUUCGGGUUCCGUAUACACGGCUCGAAGCCGGUCGUCGUGUCCGCGAUCGAGCCGGACACACCGGCCGAAACGUCGGGCCUAGAGGUAGGUGAUAUUGUACUGUCGGUCAACGGUAUAUCGGUGAUCGACAAAAGUCACUCGGAGGUUGUGAAAAUUGCCCACGCUGGCAGCGAUACGCUCGAGUUGGAGGUUGCUCGUACGAUUGGAGUGCUAUCCCCAUUGGAAGAUGGUUCCUCGCAUCCCUCGAUCUACACCGGGUUCCUGUGGCGGUACUGUGCCAGCGGUGGGAAAUGGGUUCGGAGAUGGUUCUCCCUUCGUCCAGACCAUUGCCUUUACUACUAUAAAUCUGAUGCGGAUAAUCAACCGAUCGGAGCGAUCAUGCUUACAAACCACACGAUCGAGCGCAUCCCGCUAGAACCGAUCACUCGCCCGUACAGCUUUGCCAUAGACACGGAGGAAGGCACCAAGGUACAGUUGGCAGCCGAUUCUGAGGAGGCUGCUAGUCGAUGGAUCGCUAUCAUCAGUCAUGCUGCUCAGCAGUGUGAUCCUUGGCUGGAGAAUAGUGCACGAAACCUGCGACUUUCAGCCACGGGCAUCAGCAAACCGGACUGCAGUGGACCGCUGACCAAGCUGGGCAGCAAAUGGCGCUCCUGGACCAAACGAUACUGUGUGCUGAAGGAUGCCGUCCUGUACUUCUACCACGACGGCACUAGCAAGAGCGCUUUUGGAAUGGCCUGUUUACAAGGAUAUCGAGUGCAGCCUUCGUCGGCAGGCGGCAAGAAGUAUGCGUUCGAGAUAGUACCACCGGAGCUCAGUCUCAGACACUACUAUUUCCACACCGAAACCGAGAUGGAUAAGAAGCGCUGGGUAGCCGCACUGGAAUAUUCGAUAGACCGGUGGAUGCGGGCCGGCUGAAAUAACCUGAAACGCUACGAGCAGCUCGUAUAGUACACAGCGUUUGGCCUUACGUUUCGCCAAUCUCCGGUCGGGAGCAAUCCUUUCCGCCAUCGACAUCGGCACAUCACCACGGCCAACCUAACGGACGGUGGUCGAGCUGUUGUGGCAGCAUAAACAAAACACAACACACGCACACAAGCACAGGAACGGAGCAAAUCCCGGUAAUGGUUCGCCUUCGGGGUGAUUUCAGAAUAUGUGGACGAGCAGCAACAGCAGUACAUAUAAAACAACACAUCACAACAGCAGCCGGGGCUGGAACAACACACGUUCGCUCGCUCGCCAUGCCAUUCCGGCAUCGUAAAAUCGAGCCGUGAUUGCGGUGUGCCUACCUUGCAGGCGCAGUGAGACGCUACGCUCGUUGAUUGAAAGGCGCUGCCAACGGGCGUAUUUGCCCGGCACAUGCACACGUGGCGGACAUCGGUGGACGCAAAUAGCCAACGGUCACGCUUCAAUUACGCGAUCCUGCAGGCGACACUGGAUGCCAAACAAAUCAACCGUGCCAAAUUAUGAAAGCAGAGCAAAGCUGUUGCGAAGCGAAAAUACUCACUCACUCUCGCUCUCUCGCAGGUACGUUACUAUCCGGUGCUUUUGUCUGGUAGCGGUGUAAUAUCCAAAAGCCCUGCCUUUGGGUGUCAUUUUGAUGCUGUGAUUUUCACCCACCGCCCACCCGUGCGAGAUAUCUGGCCACAAAGAAUAUUUUGAUGCUAUGUAGCAGCUUUCCGAGCUUGUUGUUCACCAUGCGACGUCUGACCUUUUGUUAUUGACGUACCGUAUACAAUUUAUUCUACCGGUUGCCGUAAACAGUUGCUCGGCUCUAGACGCUUUCCAUUCUUGGGGGUUUUUGCGUUGGAAGUGUUAAACGCCACACAGCAACGGUGGCUUUUCGCCCGUGUGCGAGUACCACACACCAGCAAACGGUUUGGUUGGGAAAAAGUUGUUCUUAUAAAACGUCACGCCAGGCGUCGCAUUUACUCAGCUUAGCUUCUAUAGGGUUGUGCCAUUCCGGCCAUAAGAGCAGCUCACUUUUUCCGUGUUUCGAGAGGAGUUGGGACAAUUUGAUGAAAAUCUUUCCCAUUUCCAACGACAGAAGCGCUCGUGCCGCAGGUGUUGUCGGUUAAGGGUUUGACACCUUUGAUAAGGCUUUUCCACCAAAACUUCCGGGAUUUGCAGAAGACGGUUUAAAAUGUCACACAUAGCACAAACAUACACAAAUACAGAACCACUGAUAGCAAUAGGUGCGAAACGAGACCAAAUUUAACGAACUGUAUCGAAGAGAGCUCCCUGCAAGAGCUGGCGUAGCGUUGAUGUUUUGAUCGAGAACGAGAGGGAUUGGGAUCAGGUUUUUUUCCUUUCCUUGGGAUAGUAUUCUAACGGUGAAAAAGAAUAUAUAAUAGAUACUAUUAGCACACGGUCGGUAUAUAGCGUCAUAUUGAUGAAGAAGAAUGGGAUAUAUUUCGUGGACGUUAGCUGUAGUUGGCCGAAACAAAUGUACUUAUCGUUAAACACACAACCGAAAAUGAUAGCUUUAAGAGUAUGAUCAGCUGGAAAAAAAGCGCUGACCGUGUUUAGGCGUUAACCGACAGCGAAACCCCAAGCUGACUGGAUGUUUUAAGCGUUUUCAGCCUUAAGGAGAAACAAGUGCGCCCACAGGUAUGCAACGCGCAUCACAUCAAUGUUUUCCUUUUUUCAAAGGCCCCCGUUGACAUUUUCUCCUGUUCCUUUACCGAAAAGGGGACUUUGUCGGCCGAAACGGUUUAUGCUUGUCAAAAAUGAAAUAGAUAGUUUUGUUUUUGAAUCAUAUAAAUGUUAUCAUGAGUAGCAUUAUAGUGGGAAAGCGUCUUAAUAGUUGGAAGCUGUAAUAUAAUCUAAGCUCAACGCUCUUUGGGAAAGCAUCUGUACACGAGAGAAAAUAGUGUUUCAAUCUGUUUGUAAUCGAGCGUAAAACUUGCCGGAACGUUUCUAGCGAAGCCUAGAAAUAAAUUGUUUACCAUCAACGGAUUUAUGGAACAACAACGAAACAUGCCACAAGUUUCCUACCGUUGGACACACUAAGCUUUUUAUGGAAGGAAACAACGGGACAGGCAGCUGCUUCGACCCGCAACGGUAAACUUCCGCUUUAAAAAGUGGUCUUUUUGAAAACUUUCUCUGGAUCGCAAACCAAAACAAAAAAAGGAAGUGGAAAGGUCCCAGCACAAUAGUGCCAUUGUAAAGCCUUUAAGAAACACUGCUCGGUAGAAGAGUACAGCCGCUUGACGUCCCAAGUUUGUCGGUUCCCUAUCGGUGUACAACCCCCCCUCAACCUUUCCCGCAGUGGAAUUAGAUAGGAUAGAAAGGCUUAAGCAAGUACGCUUGUGUCACAACUGAUUGUUGUACCGAUAUUAUAGUACGAUAUUACACACAGACACACAACAGGAUAAAGAAAUCGCCCACUAGAGACCCUAUUUAGAACACUAGAGGCACCCCAAAACUGGUAAGAAAUCAGAAACAUUCGUAAAACUGUGAGCAAACUAGCCCGCAUCUAGAAAAUGAGAUUAAUGUUAGAGCUUUAAAAGUUUAUCCAACCGGACAGUGAGGUGAGCCCGGAUAAUUCCGCUCCAGAAACGUUGGCGGUUCUUGGACUGUUUACAUGCACAGAACACUAGCAGCAGUAGCAUUUAAUAGCCGUGGCAAGCCGUGGCAUCAGUACCGGUGGUAGAAACUUAAUAACAAAUGAUCGGUAGAGUAAAACCAUAUCAGUAUAUUUGUGGGCAGUAAAACACUUGAAACACACACAAGAACACACCCAACCAUCGAGUAACUAAUUAACGGAUAGUGAUAUGCGAAUGGCGGGGCGGAGACAUCAAAAGAGAACCAGCACAGAAGCCUAAAGCCGGAGUAUUUUGUGGUUGUCGGUUCAAUUCGAAACAUUGGUUUUCGAUUUCUUGUUAUUGUUUUAGAGACGAGAGGCAAACGAAUACUUUAUAGUGGAACGCAACCACUAUAGAGUCGUUGUAGUUUGGUUACAGGUUGGGUAGAUGUAUGUUGACUAGAUAAAAUGGUAGAUAAAAUCGGAAAAUAAUUAAACAAUGCAAAUCUUAAAGGUAAGCGAAUAAAUAUUUAACUAUAAAAAACAGAACGGUGGUAGUAAACAUUAACACACAAGACAAAGUAAAAACGAACUCCCAGUGCCAAAAAAGAAACAAACAACAGAACGAAACAAAUGAAGAUGCGACAGUCAGGUACACAAAAAAAGAGAGAGCGAUGGUAAUCAACCAUUUGCUAGUAUAAUUUACGAUAUUUUUCCCUACUUUACUUUUACUUUUCCUCAUCGUUUAUAUCAACCACUCCCCGUGUUUCCUAUCUCUUACUCACACGCGAGCUAAUUAUAAUGACCCAGAACUGAUAUCAAUACGGGUAUAGAGACGACGACGGAUGAACGAAUUCUUCGAAGACUUCUUCUCUUCUCGGGCAAACAUUGCUCUGCUCUGUUCUCUCCACCUUCCUGUGUGUGUGCGUGUGGCUGUCUUUUUAUAGCCUUGCCAUCGUGUCGUUUGAUAUCUCAUCGCCGUACCGUAAAAGUAAGCAAAAAGUAUCAUUGUCAACUUGUUUUAUCUACUUUCCUCUUGGUUUCCUCCCCUAUGCGCCUUGUUAUGAUAUUUGCAGUCACAAAGCGGGAAAGCGUAAAGAAGGAACAAUAUAUUCACACACACACACACACACACGCAUACCAUGAAAAACAAGGGUACACAAAGUACUCAACAAAACUUUACCUAAUACGACAAAUAAAAGCGAAAAGCAGAUAAACCAGCAUAUUCAAACGCACAGAUGAAAAAGCAAAGCUCAACAAGUGCUUCACAAGUCAAAAGCCGCUUAAACGGCAAACAAGAGUUUCUGAAGAGCAUAAAUAACAUUCUUUGAUUUUUCUGUUAAAUUUAUUGCUAUUCUGCAAAUUUACUUAAUUCAAUGUUUAUCCUUUCUUGCAAAUGUUAUAAAUUUCUUAUUCAGCCACUAUUAAGCUGUUAAUGCUGAUGAUAGAAUGCUACUUGAAUGUUUGAUCUCUCUUCAUUAUGAUCUGCGUACAGAAUCAGGUUGGUUUGAAUGAGUUUUCACACGCAGACCCCCCUCUCCCUCCCCCUUCUCCCAAGGUUUCGUUGCUUGCGUCCAAGCAAUUACCAUUCGCAUCAUGCCAAACAAAAAAAAAACCAAAACACCAUCAUCAAGAAAUCGAAAAACUUCGCACAAACACCUCGAAACACACAUGAUAGGUUUGUAAAGCAAACGAAACGAACAAACUACCAAAAUGCAAAACCAUACACCACGGUACACCCCUUCCCCGGUAAGCCUGGCCUGGUGUGACUGGCGGGAAUGUUAUUAAACAAAAAGUAUUUAAAAGAGAAACGUUUUUAUAAACGGAUAAAGACUAUAAGGAUGUAAAAGAAAAACAAAAGCAUAAGAAGGCCGCGUUAGCGGUUAACUGUAGACUAGCUCAUGAAACAAACCAAAUUUACGUCGAUAUUGUACGCGAGAUGUUGUCAGGUACUGUAGGGUAUAUUUUCACAAGAAAAUGAGUUUUUGUCUUAUCGGUGAGUUUUGUAACUUUGGUGGCGUACGAAACGAACCAGUGGCUCGUUUACUGCAUGGCUCUGCUGUAACGGAGACUGAGGGCAAACGUAAUUCAAAGUUUUAUUUGAAUUUUACCUUGCGUUCCACGGGGCGGCACCGUUUGCGUUGCAAGCGAGUUGGACAAAAAGCGAUUUACUUGCCCAGUAAAUGACAAUGUUGUGACCGAGCUAGGAAAAACUUGAGCAAAGCUCCAUUAUCGAGAGUUUUGAGCGAUGUGUAGUAGGGGUUUCCCCUGCCCCCCGCAAAAGAAUGGUUGGUAGAGUUAAGUUAAAUACGCAAACCCCCGGUUCGAAUUAUGCUCGAAGCACUGCCAUAGAAUCAACUAUCUACCAGCAGAAGACGACCAGCAGUGAGCGUUCCAGACCAGAGCCCCUUAGAUUCCAUGUCAACUGACGAAACUCGAACCCGGUGUUGAUUGGUGUUUGAGGGUGAGAAUUAGCUUUUGGAUUCUGUGUAAGUGUUUAGUGGAUCAAAUAGAGGAAACAAAGAACAAAAUUGCGUCUAACCCCUUUUAGGAACAACGGGGGAUAACUUGUUGGAAAACAUAUUUGCCAAAUACCAGUGUGUGCGACACACGAUGAACGUUUAGCAGCAAAGCGAGUAGAAACGUAUUUAGAGCGUUUCAUGCAACCAUUUUUGGAAAACGGGCGGGAAAACAAACCCAUGAUACAAAUUAAAGAUAUACAUACCGAUAUACAUACAAAACAGCAACCAAUUUCAACCGAAUGCAUAUUCAUCCCCACCACCACACAGCAGCCACAGAAGGAAGCUCCGAAGUGCUAAUAAGCUAAACAUUGUGCUAGUAAGUGUAAGCUAUCGGUGCAAAACAGACAAAAGAAAACACAAAAAACAGUAGACCAAAUUACCCAUCACCAGUUGUUUAAGAUGAAGACGAAUAAGACGCAGAGGCAAAGAAAUUAGUGCAAACGAAGCAAAAACACUAGAAAUGGAGAAAAUAGAAUGAACCAAAACCCAAUUUUUUCGAACAGUUGCCCAAUGAGAGGAAAAGCGAGGAAGGUGCAAAUGUUGAAGUAAUACACGAUACACUGUAAAACUUACAUUGGGUCAUACAUUAUCAGUGAAUAAAAAAAAAAGUGGAAAAGAACCCCUCUAUCGGAACGAUUCAGAAA